GUAUUUACAUGCAAAAAGCCGCACUUAUUUGGUAGUAUAUUUUGUUUUAGGCACAUUCAAUGAUUUUGAUUCAUUUGUUAAUUAGGAUUGUUAACUGAACAUCUUUCGCAGUGUGUGCGCUUAAAUGUGACUCUACUAUUCUAGAAAGGCAAAAACGAAAAGCUAAGCUUUAGUUUCGGAAUCAACCGGCCACACGAACACCUGGCUUGUGCGUCCUCAAUAGCUGAACCCACUUCCUCUUCACCCACAUCCUUCAAACUGAGGACGCAGGGGUGCCCGGGCACUGCAAUUUUAAUUACAGCACGAUAUUAGAGGGGAGGCAAAGCGAAGACCCCUGGAUCCUCGCUGCGAACAGGAUGUCCCGACGUAAACUCGGCAGCCGACCGCAACACCUGAGUGCAAUUCAAGAUGCGCCUGAGCCGGGCACCGCUGCUCCCACGGAGCCUGUGGCCGGGCUGCCGCCACCGCUGCUGGAGAGGGCGUCGCAGGGGGAGGCAGGAGGCCGUGACCUCCUGACCUGUGGCCAGUGUGGACAGGCCUUCCCGCUCGCUCAGAUCCUCGCGUUCAUCCAGCACAAGCAAGGCAGCUGCGGCGUGGACGCAGUGUGCCAGGGCCAGGCUGGUCUCCAGGGCCAUACCCCUCCCUCCCCAGCCAGUCGCUCACUGCAGCGGGGCCCUCCAGUGGCCAGUGGGAGGCUCGAGUCAGGUUACGUAGAGCUGAGGAAGGCCACGGACCACUGCCGGGGGGAGGAUCUGUACAUGAAAGCCGAGCACAGAGCAGCAGACGAGGAGCCUUCGAGCUUCACCUGCCAGGUGUGCGAGGCUGUCAUCCACAGCGCCUGGGCGCUUCUGCAGCACGCCCAACACGGCCACGCCCUCAGCAUCUACCAGGAGGACGGCGAUUGGCUGAAGCCCGCCGACGUAGCCACGCUGGACCCACGGCACCUUAGCUCCACCCUGGCCUCCGCCUUUGCGCCAACCUCAUUCCGUCUCCCUAUGGGUGUGGCCACCUCCCCCUCAUCCGGCCAGGACCACCAGGCCCUUAACUUCUCGGUGCGUCUGCGCGAGCUGGCGGAGGGCACCACCGGGGGCGUGGUGCUGUCGCCCUCUCCAUCGCCGCCCGCCGCUUCGCCUUUCCCGCAGCCCCUCCGCCAGCAGGCGUUGCAGGCCUGCGAACUGUGUGGCCAGCGCUUCCAGUCGCUGCGUAGCCUGUCGGCACACCGACGCACGCACGCCAGCGAGCGCCCUUACCGCUGUGGCCUGUGCGAGCAGGCCUUCUCCCAGAGCGGUGAGCUAGCCCGGCACAUGCGGACCCACCGGCAGGGAGCGGUAGAGGAGGGACCCGGGGACGAGCGGGACGUCAAGUCCAGGGGUCAGGAUGGCCUGGCCGAGGCAUCUAUCAUGGCAGCCCGGGACGCCACAGAACACCUGAAGCACGGGCUGGUGUCUCUGGCCCAGGGCCCAGAGCCCGGCAGGGUCCCUGGUGGGCGCAGCCUGCUAAGCCUGGUCCAGCCACAUGGGGGCGAUGGAGAGACGGAGGCUCCUGGGGAGCCCCAGCAGGCUUCGCCCUGCGGCAGCCCGUCCGAUGGCUCCCUAGAGAGCGGGGAGACCGGGGGCAGCGGCGAGAGCGGCAUCGCCAGCGGCGACUGCAGCCCCAAGCGGCGGGAGCGGGACGAGCGGCCCCGAGAGUGGGAGAGCGACAGGGAAGCGGAGUGGCAGGCGGGACAGGCCGCUGUGGUGCGGGAUUGGCAGCGGGAGGGGGAGAGCAUGCGGGGGCCCACCGUGCUGGUGGCGGCUGGGGGGAGGAAGAAGCGAGAGGAGGCCUGCGAGUACUGCGGCAAGCGCUUCCGCAACAGCAGCAACCUGACCGUGCACCGACGCAGCCACACGGGCGAGCGGCCUUACCACUGCGGCCUCUGCAACUACGCCUGCGCCCAGAGCAGCAAGCUGACGCGGCACAUGAAGACGCACGGCGCCCGCGGCACGCGCGCCCCCUUCUUCUGCCAGUUCUGCAGCGUGCCGUUCACCGUCUACGCCACGCUGGAGAAGCACCUGAAGAAGGCUCACGGCCUGAGCCACGCCGACGUGGGCGCCCACAAGGCCGAGGCGGACGGCGCCCUGGAGCCCAGCGUCGCCGCCUACUCCGAGAUGCGCCUUGUUGCCGACGACUACGCCGAGGCUGCCACCGAGACGGGUAGGCAGGAAGACGCCUCGGUGGUCGCCGGGGACGACGCCGUAGAGCGCACCACGGCCUCCGUCUGAUGAUCUCACUGUCCGGCAAAGCCGCCACUGUCACUCCACGCCCCCAGCCCCUCUGGCAAAGCCGACUGAUGGUUACCGCCCAUCCCAGUAGCAAUAACCUGAUACCAGCAAGAACACCAGCACGCACUCUUCUGCUAAGCACUUGUCAUGUGGCCAGUCAGGACCCCCCCCCCCCCCACCCCCAUUUUCAAGCAUCGUGGUGUCUGGCGUAGCAGAAGUUGCAGAAGCACCUUUGACUUAAGAGCGACAAGAAUCCGGAUGCCCCGAAGUCCUCGAUCCACAGGAGGAUGGGGUCAGCAAACUGACAAUUCCCCCCGCAAAAGGGCUGACCUGUACCGGUGGGGGGGAUGAACUGACCUGUCUGGACUGGAACCCUGUUGACCGGAGAACGGAGGAAUACGAUGCAUUUUGGGUAACCAGCCAACUGGAUUACGGCCACCGUGGCCCUGUAGAGUGUGGCACGUUUCCUUAGUCUUUCUCCAUGGUGACAUUCAGAGACGUCCUAGCAGACGCAGUCCCCCCAACGCGGGGCCACUUUCUGCAGCAAAGAGCCCAGUGGAUUGGUGCAGUUUCCGAGGCAGAAGCUUGAACUUUUGCACGGGGGGGAAAAAGAUAGAAAUUCACAUCUGAUCGUCAGUUUACAAGCACAGUGGACUGACUUUGAAUGGCCUCAGGAUGGUCUCCUCUAAUUUAUGUUUUUUAUGCUUUUUUUUUUUUUUACCUCUACUUCGUCUUCUAUUGCCUUUCUAUGCAUUGACAAAUUGCUGUUAGUACUAUCCAAGAAAAUGAGAAACGGGUGUAUUUUGUAUUUGUGAGGGUUUUUUGUAUGUGUGUAUAUAUAUAUAUAUAUAUAUAUAUAUAUAUAUAUAUAUAUAUAUAUAUAUAUAUAUAUAUAUAUAUAUAUAUAUAUAUAUAUACACACACACAAUCAGACACAUAUGUACUUAAUGAAGUGCUUGAACACUUACGCAUGUUUUGCUGAAUGGGAGAAAUAUAUUAUUAUAAUAUAUAUAUAUAUAUAUUACCCACAUGUGAAUUUUUUUAUUUUUUAUUUUUUACUUGUAUUUGGGCACUUUCAGUUACCGUAAUUGACGAAGUGCUGAAUUGUUGUGAAAACUCUGGGCAGAAAGUUCUAGUAACUGCUGGUGAGCCAAAGAGCUUCCUGGUUCGGAUAUAUGAGCACUUGUGUGUCUGUUUAAUGUUCUGUGUAUGCAGGGAAAAGUAAUAUUGUUUUUUUUUUGUUGUUGUUUUUCCUCUUGUGCUGAAUUGAAAUUGUACAGUGAUGCCAGGGAGAUUUUUUUCACGGAAGCCCCUGUUUUUGGGAGUUAGAGCAUUUUUGGAAAACGUGUGACCAGCUUAAUUGAUUAAUUGGCUUAUUCAGGGACCAGUGCAUUGUAGACUGGGUACAAGGAGAGUCUUUUUGUCGUCAUUCCUGUCAUUAUUGUGGUUCCUUUUAUGCCUCUGUUUGCUGGCUGCCUCCUGUACUCUCCCCGACAGCUGCCCAGCUGCCAAGCCCUGUCCUGCGGCCAGGGGCGGCUUGCUUCUACACUGACUCUAUACUGUUACCGAUGUAAACGUGAGCAGGACUAUUAAAAAAAAAAAAAGAAAGAAAAGAGUUGAACAAAAGGGAGACAUGUCGUCUUUCUGCCGGGUCGCGCGGCGGAGACUAGGCACGUCGCGGCUUGUUUGUUACGUUGAUUCAGAAAACGGGGCACGGUGUCCAGUGGGCUGUAAUUAACUUUCAGCUUAUGAAUGUUUAAUGUUGCUCCUGUGUCAGAGGAAUCCCACCCGUGCAGCAAGCUGCUUCUGAUCUUAAUCCAGAUCUAAAGAAAAGUAUGAGAAGUGCAACC